AUGGCCAUGUUGCACCUCUGCUGGCUAGCUUGGGCUGCGACCAGCCUUGCUCGACUUCAGAGUUUUCAUCCCCCUGGCCACGAUGAUCUUACCCACAGCAUCAAUAUUCCUCAGAGCACCGCACAGUCUGGUUCGGGAUCGAUAUAUUUCCAGUUAAAAUCAAGCGCUACAAACCAAGUGCGAUGGUUCGCCCUAGGCCAAGGCACGCGCAUGGUGGGCGGGAAUAUGUUCAUUGUGUACCCCAACGGCAACAACGUGACGGUCUCGCCGCGGCUGGGGGUGGGCGAAAUCGAGCCACUGUACAAUAGCGCUGCCCGGGUCUCACUUUUGGAUGGGAGCGGAGUCUCCGCCGAUGGUGCGAUAACCGCCAAUAUACGAUGCGACAGCUGUAUUACCUGGCCCGGAGGAAGCGCAGACGUGACAAGCGCCUCGAGCGGCUGGAUCUGGUCUGUGAAAUACGGCUCGCCGCUCAAUUCGGGCGAUGUCUCUGCGGAACUCACUCAACAUGACGACUCGGGCGCGGUCUCUAUUGAUUUGGUGAAAGCCACGGGAGGGAGUUCUGAUAAUCCUUUCCUCCAAUUGUCCGGCUCCUCUGCGACAAUUACCACAGCUACUGCUGUAGAUGGAAACUCCUUUUUCAACAAGAAGAGGACGGCCCAUGGCAUAAUGAUGAGCAUUGUGUUCGUAAUCAUGCUCCCCUUCUUCGCGCUGACGCUUCACUUCUUCCCAUCGUCAAGGACGGCCACCGUUCACGGAUUGCUUCAAAUGCUCUCGCUGAUUGUGGCCUUGGUCGGGCUCGGGCUCGGGGUGUCUAUGGCCAGGGAAGUCCAGUUGUUGAACAACCACCACCCGAUUAUAGGGCUUGUGGUCGUUUUAGGUCUUACUGUGUUCCAGCCGGCCAUGGGCCUACUGCAACAUCGCUCCUAUCGCAAGACUGGAGGGAAGGGCAUCUUUGCCUAUGUUCAUCGGUGGUUUGGACGAAUUAUGAUUCUUUUGGGAAUCCUCAAUGGUGGGCUGGGGCUUCAACUGGCCAUCGCCCCUCGAGGCGCUAUCAUUGGGUAUAGCGUUGUGGCUGAGGUUGUUUGGUUGUUUUAUUGUGCGGUUAUUAUCUGGGUACAACUGAAGCGGAAGCGCAGUCAGUGA